AUGUGGAAUGCUGGAGCUAAUAAUGUAAAUUUUAGAGAUCAGAGGAGUGGUUAUGGUCUUGUAGGGACAGAGUUAACAUCUGUCCAGAAAAUUCCUUCAGUUGAUGGUUCUAAAGCGUUUUUAGCUGAAUCUUCUGGAAAUAGAGAGACCAGUUUUCAUGUAGGCGAUAAGUUCUCAAGUGAUGUCUCAUCAGUGCUUAAGAGAAAUUUAAGUGGCAACUUGCAGUAUGGGUCUGAGGGGAUAUUUUCACAGCAGAUUUUUUGGGCAGCAAACGCGCAAGGAGGGAAUCAAGGCAUGCAUAUUGUCCAUAAUCCUCAGCCUGAAAAAACAAAUAUUGGGUGGCCACAGGGUGUGAAUGGCCAAUAUGCUGAUCCAAACAACUACUCUACAGGCAUGCAAACAAAAGGUAUAGAUUUCCAGGGAUCUGGUUUAAGCAAGGUGGGAUUUGUGUCCCAUGUCUCAGGACUGUCGCCUGUUAACGUUGCAUCUGUUGAGGAUUUCUCUCAGCCACCUGUUUCACAUAAUUUUAUGCAUAGUUUGCCCAACCUGUCUGGUCAAGGUAGAUUACUAUCAUAUCCUGGUGAGAGUGCCGGUGCUGUUGGAAAGGUCCAGCCUAAUUUCAACUCUCAGGACGUGAUGAACCCGGCUGCUGGGGAUUCUGUUCCGCCAAAUCUUUCAUCUGCCAGCCAAACGAAUGUGCCCUACGAAAGUAAGAUGCCUUCCGAAUUUUCACAGGUUGGAAUUGGUCAAACGGAGAUGUCUGUUAGUGAGUCAAAUCUUGAUGGUAAGAACAUUAAUGGUGGUGUAUUCUAUGUUGGAACUGCCACUGAGCCUUUGAAGGAUGGUUCUAGUAGGGAUGUGGGAAGAUUUCUCAAUGUGUCAAUCAAUCCUGAACAAAUAUCUGUCGUAACAGAAAGUAAUCAAGUUCAUGGGUCGUAUCAUUACCCUAAAAUUGAUGCUCAGUCACUAAGUUCUCCAUGGGGAAAUAUUUUAGGUACUAGCUCUAAUGCAAAGGAUUUAGCAAAGAAUGGGUCUGCUGUUUCUGAAAAUUAUUCUGACGCUUAUAGCAAGGCAUGUGAAGCGCUUUUAGCUUAUGCACGAAUGAAAAGAAGCGCGAAUGAAUCCCUUACUUCCAAAAAGGCUGAUGGUUUCGAUAAUGGAAGUGGAAAUGUAAAAGAUGCAGCUUUACCGGAAGUGACUGGUACAGUUGACAAACCUGCUGGAACAUGUGAGAGCCAAUCCUCUCUUGGGAUGGAGAAGUCAUCCGUAACAGCAGCCCCAACAAUAACUGAAGCACUAUGGGACGGAACACUACAGCUAAAUGCAUCAACAGAAGUAUCAGCCAUUGCUGUCUUUAAAAGGUUUCAUGAUUUACCAAGAAGCAUUGCUUUUCAAACUAUUUUUCCUUUUUCUUUGAAACAACUCAUAUUUCAGUUACUAAUCAUUCUGGUAGAAUUUGGUGCUUGCGACCAAUGUGUCUUCUUUUUUAAAUUUGUUUUCUCUUUUAAAUGCUGUGGUCACCUUUCUGCGUUGGAAUUCUUUUUCCCCUUCUGUUAACUCUCCAAAUCAAUCUUUCACUUUAAAAAGUGUGUUGAAGGAUCAUUCAGCACGAAUAAACUAUGCCAUGAGAAACUUGAAGGUAGGUAAUGCCUGGUGACUAUUUUUACACGAAUUCUUCCUGAAUAUCCAAUCGUGUUGGUAAUAUCACUGAAAUAAGCCUAAUAUUUGAUGUGCUUUUUAGCAAUAUUGUACAAAUCUUGUGUACCGCCAAAGAAGACAGAUAUGGAAGUUACUGUUUACCCUAUAUCAAGAGAAUAUGAUUUGAUUUCUCUUAUGCUCUAGGGAGGCUUUAUUCUCAUUUUUACUCUAAAGUAGACCCCUUCUAAGAUGGUAAAACUGUGCAUGGAUGCACAUGUGUAAGAGUGCGGUUUGUAGUCGUCAACUACUCAUUUUAAGAUCCUGUUCCAAGAAAUGAAGCAGGAACUUUACAUUCAGGUUUAUGUUAAGAGCUAGCCAUACGGUGUCAGUUCUUCACCACUUAAAUCUCAGUGGUGCUGGUUUUCUAACAGGAUGCCAGCUUUUAAAUGUAGUGAUCCUUAUUGGGAAUGGUUUUUGCUCUUAUGCCAUUUGUGAAGACUAAAAACGGUUAAUCUGAUUGAAAAGGUAUAUCAACAAAAAAACCUUUCCAUGAUGAAUGUGAUACAUGAAAGAUGAAUCUUGUUCUGCCAAAAUCAAGCAAAAGUUUCAGAGCUUGUUGUUGUUUCCUCGCUUUCAAUAUACCAAUGCACCACAGCAGUCCUGUUACUUGGAAGUUGAUAUGGCUUGGAGUUAUUUUCUGGAUCACGACUGGGGUUUGUGGGCUUUAGAUAUUAAUGCUACACCGGGAAAUUAAAACGAAAUUCCCUUGAAACAAGUUUUCUCAUAAAAAUGGAUUGUGCAGGCAUUCAUCGAAAUUACUCAUUAGGCCCAGGAUGAAGGGCCUUUAUUUGGAAUCCCAGUAUGGCAUUCUGUAUCACUUAUCCAGAGAAAAUGGUGUUAUUCAAAUCAGAUAAGGCUUUGUAGCCUGUUGCUGUAACACAGGUAUAAAUCGACUGCAUAAAGCUUGCGUGAAACUUGGUCGUCUCUUAAGCAAAAACCGAUUAAGUUGCUGAAAGCAGCUUUCUAGAUGAAUUGCAAAUACCUCUAUCAGCCAUAAACUUCUAUAUAGGCCGUCCAACAGUGUCAAUUUCAUUAUCCCUGGGAUCUGUGAUUUAUGCCUAUAAAAGGCUGCAGGUAAAGUUUCCAGCAUGCAUGAUCAAGAGGGAGAGAUAUCAUUUUCAAACCGUCAGAUUCCCAUGUGCAGAUAAUUUGGGCAGGAAUAUCUUCUGAGUAAUGAAUCGAGAGGGAAGGACUUAAAUGUCCAAGUUACGGGAGUAUAUUAGUCGUUGAUUUUAGUUUAUCUAUGUCUAUCCCAAGUUUCUUCCGUAAUAAUAUAUUGCUUGACCAACACUGAACACCGUAAAAAGAAGUUCAAGUUGAUUGUAUGAUUGGAAGAAAAUUGCGUAUCAUGUGGAGUGGUUAGGACCCUGACAUGGUUUCUUGUACUUCUCAAUGGUGUUUGUCGCUUCAUUAGCUUAUGUUCUGUAGUUCAAUUUAACUAUAGCUUUCUCCCGUGUGCUUUCAGUGUGGUCACAUUUUUCUUCGGUACUGUAGUCCGAUCCUAAUAACAGCCUUAGCCUAUAAACCAAAGUUCAAAAAAGCUGUUGCCUGAUUCAUAGUUCAAUUGAAAUGAUAGCCUAUGAAUGACAAUUUGGCAUAGACUGCAGGCUGUGAAAUACAUUCUCACACAUACAAUAUUGACAUCUAUGGAGGUCUGAGAUGUGCUGAUAUAUGAAUAAUCGUUCUUCAGAACUCAUAUCGACAAAUUUCAGAAUGAAAGCCGACUUCUUCAAAUGAAUAAAUCCAUCUGCAGAGCGCUCUCAAUCAACAGUGUAUAACGAACAUGUUUUUAUAAACCGAUGUUAAAAGUAUAGAUAUUUUUUCAUUAUUUUGGCUGACAGCAUGCUUGGGUGGACUUAUAAUUAGUAAAGAAUUUGCUUCAAAACACAGUUUGCCAUGACAUCGCUUUUGAUGGCUAGAACAGCUCCGAACUGACUUCCCUUGUGUUUUUUUUUUCAAAUAGAUAAUCUAUAUAGAUCUAUGUAGACAGAAAAGUUCUUCCAAUAAGGUGCGAACGAAUACAUAAUUCCGAAAUAAUGAAUGCCAUCUACCCUUUUAUAGUGAAAGACUAUAUUAUAUGAUUGCAACAUCAAGUGGUUAAGCUUUAUGAUGCAGCAAGAAAUUUAGGAUUUUCCUCUUUAGGAGAACACAAUCAACAUUACUUUUGGUAGUGUGAUGUCAAUAAUACCUAAUACUUUAAUUUUAACAUCCAGCCUAAUCUUUCGAUCAAUUAAUUAUUUCUUCUGGCCUGAACUGUGGCUGUGAUCCUGCCCCAUAUAAGAACACCAUCCCACCAGCUACACCCUUGAACAGGUGAGGGUCUCUAGGCUGAUCCAAGAACUGUUUAAACUAGUUUUUUUUUUAAUGAUAAAGUGUGCAAUAUGAUGCAAUCACUACCUAACAAUGUGGAAGUAUGUGUAUUUGGUCGGUUAUCAAAAAACCCGCUGUAAGUAAGUUUACUUCAUCAAUAUUGUAUAUGCCAUGCUAAUAAUCUAAAAUACAUAAAAUGACACAUUUAUGUUCUUCCUUAUGCUUGGUAGACCCCCUCUAUCAUCCCAUCACACGCGCACAAACAGUUGUUUAAACGGAUUAUGUUGCAAAAGUUGAUGAACUAGAGGUGGCUGCAUCAUGAGCUGAUUGUGUUCUUGUUUAGAAAGUUGAUUUUCUUGUACAGUAAUUUGCGUUGUCCGAAAGUAGGCUUGGCUGGUAUUUAGUAUCGACUCUAAUCCUGGUAGCACGAGGUUGUCCAUAUAAUAUGAUGCAACCAUUAAAUUUCAUUGGACCACCUUUGCUAAAUUUUAGGAAAGAGGAACGUAAGGGAUGUUUGGAAGGAAUUUAUUUCGAUUUAGUGGUAUGCAGGAAUUUCUUGGGUGUCAUUUGCAAUUCAUUUUUAAGCCGAAUGACAGAUUGUCCAAAAGGGAUGCUUUAAGCUGAAUCAUUUUACCUGUUAGCAGAAGAAAGAACCAGACAUGUAGUGUUAUUAACAAAUCAUUUCCGUAUCCCCAUAAGCAUGAAUCAAGUUAGCAAAUUAUUGGCUGGGAAAAGUUGGAAGACCAGAGGAACAGUGAAUCCAGAGGUAGUAUUAUUGGUGCCACAGCAUAUGCAGGUUAGUGUGGAAACAAAGGGAUAACGGUUGCAGCUGUAUAUCACAAUCUGUAAUUCUUUACGAACGAUGAAAAGUGGCAGUAUUGUGGGUCAUUUGAAUAGUGAUCACCAUUGCUUUAUCUCAUUCGUGUCAAAAUUUGGACCAAUUUAAAGUCUAGAAAUCUUAGUCCAAUUCACGUUGUGAGUGGAAUCGAUUGGGUUUUUAUUCAAGGGAGAUACAUCCUUGUUGUUACUUCACAGCUUAUUAAUGGAUUCCUGACUGAAAGUGAAAUGGAGUUUCCUCUCCCGAGUCUAUGCCACUCAUGGGUUUUCUCAUAGCCAUUGAUGAAUCAAGGCAGGGAGAUUCCCUUUCAAGUUUCACCUUUGUUCUUAUGAGACAGUUUCUUAUCGUAGCAUGCAGUAGAGGAAGAAACUUUGGAACAACAAAAUCCACAUCUUACUGAGAAGAAAUUAGAAUCGAAUAGUUUAAGGGUACUGUGGUAUUUUUCAGAUUUUGAGCAAAGAAAGUUACCAGUAUGGAAUUCUCAUGAUUAUGGCAGAAGUUGCCAACUAGUUCUUUUCUCUUUUAAUUUGUUGUCACCCUUAAAUGAAGAAUUUAAUUCAUGUAAAGAUUUAAUACCAUAAAAUGAUGAAUUUAUUGCUCAUUAUGAGUAUGAAGUGCAUACAAAUUGAGCUACUUUGACACGUCUUGCUUGUCAGAAUUUCGAAUGCAUUGGAUAUAAUUUUAUGGAACGGGAGGUACAGAAAAAAGGGGUUUUCAGCCACCAAAGUGGAAAAUUGUGUGCUAAAGGGAAAUUGUUCUGUUGGUUCUUAUUGAACAGAUUUUUAAUGCAUUGUUGUUAUGGUUUUUAUUGAAAACUGUUCAAGAUGGCCAGAACAAGUGUGUAAAGAUUUGGGAUGCAAGAAUAUAUACAGUCACUCGUGUCGUACAUUGAAAUGAGUCCUUAGAACUUUAGAGUUUCUCACCUACUUUUCAGAAGUUUAGAUUUUCAAUAAACAUAUUAAGUUCUAGGAAGUCCCUGUUCCCAGCAGAUUUCAUUUUAGACAAGAAUUUCCAGAUCUGCUGGUAUUGCUUGAUCUAGUGAAAACAUUCCGUGAGUUUUUUUUCAUGAAAACGUGACGUCUUUUGGAACCAAACAUCUUCCUGUAAUCUGAGUCAGAAGACCUUUUGUUCUGGGUUCACAUAUAUACUCCAGAAAUUCCGGCUGAAUGGUUUUUUGAGUCAUACCAAAUACAAUUGGUGCUUAUUAGCAGUUUUAGAAUCUAUUCAUUCGUUAAACGUUGUUCUGUCUAUAUAUUCUUAGUAAUGUAGAAAUGAUUGUAGACAAACGAAAAAAAUCAUCAACAAGAAUCAGGGACAAGUGAUCGAAAUGAAAUUUAAACGAAAUGCAACAUUUAGUAGAGAAGCAAAGAAACUAAAAAUAUGAAAUUGUGCAGGUUUUUGAGGCUUAAACUUCUAUAUCAGGUGGUUGGAUUUUCGGAAUUGAGUAUGUAGAAUGAAGUUGUGGGUAAUUACAUUUAUCAUGUAUACAGAUCACCUGACAGCACUUACCUUAAUAAGCUAAAGAAUGCAUGCUAUUGCUUUUGACUCUUACCUCUGAGAACGGCACUUACCCUGAAUUUUAUCUAGAAAUGUCCCUCAAACAAUCUUCGUAAUGACUCUUAAGCUGAAAUGAUUCAUUCCGAACUUCAUGUGCUAGUGAAACUCCUGUAAUUACAAUGGCAAUGUAGGCCUGCCCGAAGUCGACUCGAGUAAGAUUAUGUUGGACGUUUUUGUUUCCAAUUAUUUUAAAUGGAUUAAUACAUCAUAAAAUGAUAUUAGAAUAAUUUAAACAUCACCUUGCACGAUCUCUCUUGAAUGGCUAACUUGCAUGUAAUAACUUUAAGUACCUCAAGUGUGAGGCUGGUAGGUUUUCUUCAUCUUUGGCAUGGAAAACAUUAAGUAGAAGGUUUUCCUUAUCUAUUAAAGAUGAAAUUGCGUUGCAUGUUCUUAGAGGACUACUGUAGAUGGUGCUCGUUUGCUGUGUGACCCUUUUGGUCAUUUGGAAUGAGAGGAGAAUUGUUGUAAAAUGCAACUAUUUCUACUACAGUGUUUCAGUUGUAUAUGAUAAGGUAACUUAAUGGGUCACGGGUUUGUUAAUCACGAUGGGUAUUCAUCUGUCAUUUUGGCUAGCAUUGCCUUUACCCUUAGGAUAGCACAUAAUUGUUUCAUUUUUAUCUCAGAGAUCAUGAAGUGUAUAAACUAUUACUCCUGUUUUCAUUUUUUAGUGAAUAUUCGGUAUUAUACACUAUUAAAAGAAAACAUACCUCUAAAAGAGAAUCGUAGGCAUUUUUUUUCCCUCUACGAUCUCUUUCCUGCUAGAAUAAAGGGUGUAAUAUUAUUAAACAUCCCUAGAUAAGUCUAGGGAUGUAUUCGGACAAAUGGACUUGGUUCAUAAGAGUAAGAAUGAAUGAGAUGGCAUCAGAAGAGGUUUUAUGAGAAGGAUGAAAAGAAAGAAUUCAUGUAGAGGAGUGUUACAAACUAUUGAGUUGGAGAUGAAGUCACAUUUGGUAAAAGAGGACUAUUUGUGAAGAACAGUGAAACGAUGAGACUGUAAAAUGGUUAUGGAAGUGGAGGAGGUGUAAUCGGGAUAACUGAAAACUCUGUCAUGGAAUAAGAGGGAAUCGAGCGUAGAAGAAAAUCAUGCCACUUAAUGUUGCAUCAAGUGUGAGAAAUUGAUAUCGUUUCUGACAAAACUAAGGUGCAAAGGAGAAUGACCAUUUUUUCUCGACCAUUGGGGGAGACUUCAGAGCGGGGUUAAAACGAGAAGAUGGCUAGAAGCUUAUUGUUUGAGAUGAUAAUUCUUUCAAUGACUUUAUUGACAAUCGACGGUGAAUUUACCCAAUCUACAAGGUUCAAAGAUGUGGAAAAGGAGACCAUUUGGAUUUUUGGUUUUGUGUAUGAUUCAUAAUGAGUCCGGAGAUUUCUAAAUUCACGGGAUAUUUUUUUUCGGUGUGAUUAUGACUUCCACUGCAUCGGAUUUUUCUGGGAGAGAGAAGAUUAUUGUUAAAAGGGGAAGAAAUUAAAUUAUCUGGCAGUAGAUUAUCGAGUGCAUUGCUCCAAAAAUCGAGGGUUAAAUCUUGUCCCCAGUACAUUGGUUUCUACUGGAGGUCGUUUGAAGAAGAAAAUAUCUGAAGGCUACAUUAUACAGAUGGAGGAAGACUGCUGCCCUGUGCUGUUCAGCUGGAAGGUGAAGGGUUUGUUUCUUCGUGUAGAAAUGAAGAUGGUAAUUCUUUAGCAUGAAUGGCAAUAGAUCUUCAGAAGCAAACUGCGAGUAGGAGAUCAUAAUGACGCUUUUAGGGCUAUCGUUAGAAGUCUGAGAACGGGCUUUUAUAUAUCAAAUUCUUCACUCUUCCAACAAAAACAUUUGUUGAGAAACAGAAGUAGAUAGUCUUAUUGAUUUGAUGCAAUUUUCUAUUUUAGAAGGUAAUUAGUUAACCAGAACAGAAUAUUCAUUUUUAAUGCUUAAUAUGUGUCAACUUUAGAAAUGUUUCUACUUCAAAUUUUAUUUUUUCGAAAAUUUCCUUUUCUAUUGAUGGUUUGAUCAACUAUCCGAAGAACAAAGCUAAAGGAUUCUUGGCAGUUAAAAUAUCUCUUGAGGAGGCUUGUAACAGAACGAACAAGGAUUGUGUCAACGAGGGUUUGCUUGCUGAGUUUGAGCAGAAAUGGGUGGCCUACGUCGUGUUCGUAUAUCUGUGAGCAGGCUUUACAUCUUUGAUAAAAUGGUAGCUGCGGAUGCUCGAGUCUGUAGUGUUUAUGACGAUUUCACUUGGCCUAGGUCGUGUUCUUAUUUCUGUGAGCAGGUUUUACAUCUUCAUAAAAUGGUAACCGCAGAUGCCUGAGUCUUUGAUGUUUAUGACGAGUUGACUAUAUUCUUCUUAAUUAUUCUUGCCAGUAAGCCUGAACCUUGUCAUAGUAUGGAAUUUGGUUGCAUUAGUGGGUAUUGAUCAAGUGUAUAACGUUGGCAGUCAACCUAGUAUGAACCCUUAAAGUAGUCCAUGUAAGUUCUAAAAAGUCAUCUACCCUAGACUUUCUCAGAAAAAGGCCCAUAGGCUCGUGAUGAGUCAAUACUUAGAGUUAUGAUGCAAAUACUUCAUGGUCUCUCUCUGAAAGUUAUAUUGAGAACAAUCAUGAUAUGCCAAACAUGCUCCUAAGCUUGAAAUUUCCGUCGCUUAUACUACUUUUGUUGAGAUAGUUAUUACAGGAUUGAAUGCACAGUAGUGUUUUCCAUGUGACUCGGUUGGAGGGCUGAUGAUUUCAGAAUGUCAACCAAUGGAAACUUACAUGUUGCGAAUUUUGUAACUUCAGAUCGUAGUAAUUUCUCACGCUCAAUGUCUGGGAUCAACGUGAGUAGAUCAGAGGAUAGAAUUUAGGACAAGUGUUUAUGUUUAUUUAAAAGCAAUGGCAGUCAUUUAAUAAAAGAGAAAGGGUUGCAAGGGCAGAUGGAGAGUGUUUACUGGGACAACUCUUUUAGCUUGCCUCCUCGUACUCUAAAGUUUGGCAACUUGGGGAAAAAAUGUUUAGGAAACAGGUAUACUUUCCCUGUACAAAAAUUGCACGACUCCAUCAUGAAGUUGUGAAAGAAAUAUGAAGCAGUUCUAUUCUAGCCCCGAGCACACAAUCACAAGAAUUAUGUACCAUUCCUGGGUAAAUAUGAUCACAAAGUUGUGCUGAUUAUUAAACACUACUGCUAACCAAUAGUCCUCUGAUUUUUAAUGUGAUCCUCUCCUCCAGUUGGAAGCAAGUGAAAAAUGAUAACUCUAUCUUUUAGGAGGUCUUAUUGUUAAUUUUCUUUGUAUAAGUCCAACUCAUCUCAAUUUACUUUGACAAUCUUCUUACCUUUACUAUCUUCUCUGGUGUUACCGUAGUUAUCUCUCUGACGGAUUAAUUUCCCCCCUUCAGCUAUCAACUAAUUCUCAUUUCAGUACUCAUUGAUUGUUUUCCUCUGUAGUUCAACACUUACUCUAUAGAGUAUAGGCCAUCUAAUUCGUUUUUUAGACCAUCCUGCUGUAAUUAAAAACAUGACAACCAUAAAUACCAUGAAAGUUUUGUUUCUAUUCUAUCUCAGCAGUUGCAGUACGGUGGGUCGUGCCCUAUCUAUCUGAUCUUCCUGAUCUUUUGAAUUUCGUCAUAUAGGCCUUUUCCUUAAUCAACCAGUGACCUAUGCUCAUUUGGAUGUGAUCUCAUUGAACUUUUUCCAUCUACAGCUGUUUAGAGAAAAUACCAUGUGCCCAUUCCUUGUAUGUAGUAUUUAGACAACGAAUUGACAUAAACAUUAUUGGACUAGUUCACAGAGCUAUGUUUACGUAAAGGCUGCAAAAAUCCUUCAUCAAAUAAUCAUCAUGUGGUCUUACGCUAGAGCAUGAAACUUUAAUUUCACAUUUAGGGUGACCACUCUACCUAUGGCAGUUGUGUUUUGGCUUCUGCAAAAACCUGUUGAUCUUAUAUAACAUACUAGGCAUCUAAUCACUGGUUCCAUCUACUGAAGCCAAGCUCAUAACACAGGUGUUGCUUCCGAGAUGCUGAAGCUCAAACCAUUAAGAGUAGUGUCUCCCCUUCAAGCAAAAAACAUUGGCACUAUGCCUUGCAUUGUGGGCCCCUCCCCCCUUUCCAGUGCUUCAGGCUGCACACUUGGGUGGACAGCCAGAUUUAGUUUUAUUUACUCAGUCCAAGUAACAAAAUGGUAAAAGUAUCUUGUAGCAUAUCUAUUAUGUCUUCAUAUUCCAUGAUUGAUAUGAAAGUCGGAAGAUGUUAAUACUUCAUCUUAUUUAACCAAGCUACACACCAGGAACACAGACAGUGGUGGGUCUUUAUUCACCCACUAAAGUACAAGGUUUCCAAGCUGAUAGUUUUCUUUUUGGUAAUUUCUCAGCUAGAUCCGCAUUCAGUUUGAUUAUUCGUGUCUCACUUGAAUCUUCUAUGUCGAAAAUGCUGAGAACUAACUAAAACCAACAACAUUUUUAAUCUUACUUUCCCUGCUAGUGGCUCUUUCAUUGCAUCUUCUCAUCUUGAUUACUUGUCGGAACCCUAAGUUGAUGAUGGAUAAAAUCUUUGCGGAGCAGAUGGAUGUAGACUGGUUAUUUAGCAUCAUACUGGAUGAUUAAAUCAAACUGGGCACAUUUUUCCGAAAAUGGGGUGUUUGAAAGAUUGACUUAUUUUCAUUGUGAUGUCCUCGUGCAGUGGUGAGAAGCUUUUGGAGGCUAGCUGGUCUAAAUGUGUUGAAGUGAAAGGAAAAGUUAGAUUGGAAGCCUUUGAAAAGUUCGUCCAAGAACUUCCUCGCUCUCGUAACCGUGCAUUGACGGUGAGUGUUCUCAUCUUCCACCUGAGCAGCUCCUGGCAAGUGUUGUCUAGUUGUAUCGUACACCUAGAAAUAUAAGCAUUAAAGUUUAUUGCAACUGGCGUGGGACACAAGAAUUCAACGCCAUGGUGAUCGGCCAUCUGGUCUGAGCCGCUGCAAGAUGAAAAUUUAAUGCUAGAAUGAGAAAUAUUGCAAAUGGAAUUUAUGAAUAAAAGGUGCAGAAACAUGAUAUAUUCUCCAAUAACUAAAAAGGCUGAUAUAUUUAUUCAUUUAGAACCAUGGGAGAGUAUUUUCCAUCGUAGAAAUCAUUGUCAGAAAAUCAUUGGCAUGAGAUUUUACUAGUUCAUUAUUCCUCCAUGCGUCCAAUUUCUGCUUAGCUGAAUCGAAGAAUCUCAUGUGAAACUCUCUCUCUCUCUCUCUCUCUCCUAGUCCUGGGCAUAGUACUUGAUUUCGGAAUGGUACUGCCCCCUGGCGGAUGGACAUCAGAGUCCUGUUGCUCUCUAGAAAAGGAUGGAUGCCAAUCCUGCCACUGGGUACAAACUAAUCGAACCUAUGUUUUCAGGUCAUCUCUAUUCACUGGAAAGCUGGCACAUCCGAGUCUGGAUUGAAGGGUAUGAAGGAGGUGAGAUCAAUGAUUACAUAACACUGAACACUGAACUAAAAAAAAAAAAAAAAGUCGGUUAUAAUCGUUAUUCUUUCUCAAAAUCAACAGGUUGCCAAGGCGUACAAACAAGGGCAGAGGGUCGGAUAUGCCCAGUUUUCUCCUGGCGUUGACGUUUAUGUCUGUCCCCGCAGCGACGCCAUAAUUACAAUCUUAGCAAAGCAUGGUUUCUUCAAGGGCAUGGGAGCCAUUGAAGAAGACCAGGACUCACUGAUCGGCUGUGUUAUUUGGCGGAGAAACAGACCAUCUUCGGAUCCUUCUUCUAAGAAUCCCGAGGACCAACAACCCAUUGAAUCCUCUUCUGCAUCAGCCAUUGCAAGUAGCGCUGACCAGGGCUCCUCCCUUGCCAACCCCACCGAUUCAAGACCUAAGCAGGCAUUAUCCACCCUUCUGAAGCCCUCAUCCAUGGGGAAUGGAGCUGCCGCCGGCGCUGUGCUCACGAACACUAUAAUAAAUAACAGCAACUCCUCCCCUCUUCCUCCAGCUGUCAAUAUAUCCUCUCUCCUCCCACAGCUGCCGCCAUCGGCUGUCCAGACGGACUCCCAGCCGUCGGAGGGCCUGCGUAACUUCAUAUCAAGUGCUGUCAGGCUGUUCAUGCAGGAUCCAGCGGAGUAUAUGAAGCCUCCGGUCAGUUUUGAGCCGCCACGUCAAGUUCUUCCCGGAGCAAACAAGAGGCUGGACGGUCAGCCACCCUCCGCUCGGCCUAGUGACGAAGACCUGCCAGAAUUCGACUUUGGCAAUGGUCCUCGGGCUCCACCGGUUUCCAGCCACAUGCUCCUAUCAUCCAGCUUUGGGCACUCUAAAGAUGCUGCUCAAGUUAGUGGCCGAUUCCAUCAUGAUUUUAGCAAGGAUACAAGUGUAUUAUCCAUGGUUUCGGAGCUGCCGAGUGUGAGGCCAGUGCUGCAAAGGGAUCUGCAUGGCCCAAUCUCAGGUCUGAUGCAGAGUGCUGCCCAACAAGGUGUUUCAGUGGCUCAUGAUGCGGGAAUUCUUCCCCGCUGGGAUUCCAACCACCCAUCAAACACCUCUGAGACGGACAAAUGGCCAUCUAGUAUGGCGUCCAGGCCUUUCCCUGUGCAGAAAAGCCCAGAGCUGAUGGGACCGAUGGGCAGUUCAAGUGCUUUUGGUGCGGAAAACCCUGGCAUGCAAGAAUCUAAGUCUUACUUUGUACAGAGGAGACCUGGGUGGAAUGACAGUGAUGAUGAUGAUGAUGAUGAUGAUGAUGAUGAUAUGCCUGAGUGGUGUCCCCCAGGGACGGAGGAGAGACAGAAGCUGCCUCCACCUCCUGGGCGGCCGCCGCCAUUGUUCCCAUCCCCGCCUCCAACUUCCAGAUCCUUGGCAUCUUCCUCAGCUUCCAUGUCUUCUUGGGCUGCCAUGCCUCUGCCACCCCUACCAGGCCAGACACCAACAUAUGAUCAGAGUCAGGGGGUUUCCCAGCAGGAUCAGCGAGGGAUUCUGGGCCAGUGCCCCCCUGAUCUGUAUCCCAAGAUCACUCCUUUGCAAGCAAGGCCUGCUGCUAGAAGACCCAACCAGUCAGAUCGUAGAUCUCCACCUGAGGUGCCCAGCCGGAGCAGGUCUAAGAAACAGCGGCGGAUGAGUGGCUGGGAUGUCAGACCCUCAGAGGGCAAGUCCAGUCGGAGGGCCCACAGUAAAAGGAGGCGAGGGCACUGA